AUGACAGAAUCGUAUUACGAAUCUACACUUAAAAAAGAAAAUAAAAUUGAGUAUGUUGAUAACUUAUAUUUGUCGAAAAAUAUACUGAACAAUACAGAAAAUGCAUUAAAUUAUUUUUACACAUCCCCUUUCUAUACAUCUAGAAGUCAUAUAUCCUUAAAUGAAAAAAUUCGAGUAGGAAAAAUUGUUAAUGAUGAUGAAGAAGGAUACCUUUACGAUAUAACUUAUGAUAACCUUAGUAUUUUAAAGAUAAAUGAACCUUCUGAUUUAGUUGGUAUUCAUAUAUAUUAUAAUACAAAUUCUAUAUUUCAUAUUUCGUUGACACAUAAAUAUAAAUUGAAAAAUGUUUUUUGCAAAAAGGUUAUUCAAAUGUUUUGUAUUUUCAAUGGAAAAAUAUACAGCUCUAGGUCGUUUGGGGAGUUACUAACAAAUAAAAUAAAUAGUAUUGUACGAAAUAUAGAGAAUUUUUAUGAUUGUGUAAAUGAUAUGACGAAUUUUAAUAUAACGUCAAACUAUUAUUUUGAAAGCAAAUUAGACGAACAGAUGGAUAAUCUGUACAAAGACUAUCAUCUUAACGAUGUAUAUAUUUCAACAAAAAAAAAAAAAAAAAAAAAAUGUGUAGCUAAAACAGCAGGGAAGGAAGCCACAAUUCGUUUGAUUAUGUAA